AUGCCAUCACCGAUAAGAAUAAUAGGAAAGCCAAAAGGUUUAGGACGCACAACAUCGUCAUAUGUUAAACGACACCAAAAAAAUAAAACGAAUACACUUCUUCAUGAAAACUUGUUGAUUGAAAAAAACGAUCAACCUAUUUUGAUAGAUGAUCAAGCAGACAACAUCGACAACGCUAGUUGUACUAACAAAUCAGAUUCUAUUGCGAUGAGUGUUAGAAAUGAAAAACAAGCGGAAACUACUGAUGACACAACAACUAGUCCGAUAAUUUUAAAGAAAACAAGAGGCCGUGGACGUCCAAGAGGUCGUACUCAGACAGCUGAUCCUGAGAUUGUCCGAAAUUGGAGUCAAAUAUUAGAACAAGAUUUAGUUUUUAGUUCAUUCAUUUGUGAUAAGCAUUUUGAUGAGGAAUAUAUUUUAAGAAAAGAUGUGAUAAAUAUCCCUGGUCAAGAACCGUACGUAUCAGAGAGGAAAAAAAUAACUCUCAAACCUGGUGCCAUUCCUACAUUAUAUAAAAAUAUCAACGAGACGUCACCUUUAAUUAAUGUGCCGGUUGAUGAAACUGUAAAUGAAAUUAUUGUAGAUCUCAUAGAUGAACGUCAGUUUAUUGAAAGUCAGGAUUUAGUGGAAGUUAAUGAGCAGAUUUCAGUUGAUUUACAAAUUGAUAAUUACGUUGUAGAAGCAAAUAAUAUUGUGCAGAACGAAUGUAUUGAUUCGGAGUUAUCCGAGUUAAAUACUCAAUUCUCUAUUUAUGAAUUGGUAAGAAAUUUAGAAACUUAUAAGUUACCUCAAAAAUGGAGCUGGGUUGAGGAUCAUCUUGAUUCACCUGCUGUCAUACUUUGCUAUUUAGAUUAUAAAUCAUACGAUGUUAAGUUUCGUGUUAAAGUAGAUAAAGCUCUGAAUAUAACAGUAACGAAUGCGAAGAGUAAUCAAUCAGUGAAAAGUGAUUUUAUUAUAUCCAACAUAAAGGAAUUUUGGAAAUUUCUCGAAAUAUUGGAGAUAUCACAAAUAUGUAGUGGUAGUGGAUUUGACGACCAAAAGUCAUCGGAAGCUUGUACAUUUUUUUUGACAGUUGAUGAACAGUAUAAAAAACAAGCAGGAAUAUACCGAUGUGGCGAAUGUAGGCAACUUAGGAAAAAAUUACGUAACCAAUUAUAUAGACCUAAAAUAGAUGCCGAUGAUCAGAAUAAAAAACUUAAACUGGAGCUAAACAAUGUGAAGAAGAAAUGUACUCGGUUAAUUAAUAAGAGUGUUAGAUUAAAGGAAACAAUCGAAGAAGAAAAGAAAAAGUGUGCUAAUGCUUCUGAAAGUGCUGUUGAAAAUGAAAUAUUACUUAUGCCACCAAUACAACAGGAAACAGUUAGAGCAUGUUUUGCUGCUGCUAAAGUCAAAAAUUCUAAGCAAAGAAGGCACUUUACUUCUUGAUGAAGUAGCUCUAAGCGAGUGCGUAAAAUUAAACCAACGAACAAUGAAGUUAGAUGGUUUUGUUGAUUUAGGUUUUCAUAUGCCAGAAAAGGAUCUUAACACUAGAGCUGAUCACGCCUUAGUAUUUAUGUUUCAA